AUGUCUUUCCUGACGUGUUUCUCAAGGUACAGAACCAUUUGGCUAAAAGAUCUUGACACUGUACAAAUCAUCGACCAAAGGCAUCUCCCUCACGAGUUUGUGAUCGAGGAUGUCCUUUCACUGGAUGAGAUGUGUGUCGUCAUCAAGGAUAUGCAUGUGCGAGGUGCCGGCCUCAUAGGAUGUGCUGCAGCGUACGGGAUGUACCUCAGCCUUCGCAAGCUGUGCACAUCAAGCAGUGUCGAACAGGUCCGGGAAUGCCUUCAGAAUGCGUCAAAGAAGCUGUGUGCGACCCGCCCGACGGCGGUGAAUCUCCGAGUUGGCGUUGAAAAGGUUGGGAGGGCCGUAGAGAGUGUCCUGGGACAGAACGGUGGUGGCAGUGUGGAGGCGGCAUUGGAGGCUGCCCGCAAGGAGGCUGCUAGGAUCACGGAUGAGGAUGCGGACUUUUGCCGCCGCAUUGGGGAAGCGGGUGCCGACCUGCUUCAGAAGCUUUAUGAGAGGAAGAAGUCGUCGGCAAGCGCAGCAGAAGGAGAGCUGAAGAUCAACGUGCUAACGCACUGCAACGCCGGCUGGCUGGCGUUCGCUGACUGGGGCUCCGCGCUAUCUCCCGUGUAUGCAGCCUUCGACAAGGGACUUCCCAUCCAUGUCUGGGUGGAUGAGACCCGGCCACGGAACCAAGGGGCGUCGUUGACAGCCUGGGAACUGGCAAAGCACGGCGUGGCUCACACGGUCAUCGCUGACAACGCUGGUGGUCAUCUCAUGAGGACCGGUUUGGUGGACGUGGUCAUCACUGGUGCGGACCGAGUCUCCAGCGGUGGAGAUGCGUGCAACAAAAUCGGCACCUACCUGAAGGCGCUGGCGGCCAAAGACAACAAUGUGCCGUUCUAUGUUGCUUUGCCCUCCAGCACGAUUGACUGGCAGCUUAGAGACGGGGCAGAAAUCCCCAUUGAGCAACGUGGCGAUGAUGAAGUGAAGUAUGCGGAGGGCCUCUGUGAGGAUGGCAAGCGUCGUAGGGUGCUCCUGACGCCCGAAAGCAGUUCGGCUGGCAAUUGGGCGUUUGACGUGACGCCGUCACGUUUGGUCACCGGGCUGCUGACGGAGCGCGGACUGGCGGAGGCCUCCGAGGAAGGCCUUGCUGCCCUUUUCUCUGAGGUGGACCGGACCUGA